AUGAGUGCAAUGACUGUUAAUACUAGUGAUAUAGAUGUCUCUUGUGAUUGGUUAUACAAGGGCAAACAUAGGACCAAAAAGAAAAGCUCAAAGGUUGAUCUCCUAACAGCUAAUGAUAAUAAUGGUAAUAGUGUUGGAAAUAAUAACAAUGCGGGGAGAAGAAGAUCUACCUCUGUUUCUAAUGCACAGUUAUCAAAACAAGAACCACAGGAUUCAACCCAUGGAAAUGAUCAUAGGGGAGCAACCAUUGAACGGUUACCUUUGUUGACACCUAUCAGCAGUAUACCUCAAAAGAGUGGCUCCUCUGUUGGAGGAAGUCCACUGACAAAAGUUGUGUCCGCAACAUUACAAGAUUCGACUAGCACAGAUACAGAUGAUUCUAAGACGAAUAAGAAACCUUCAAGAUCAAAAUCCUUGAAUAACAGUUCAGGUGUGAAAGCAGGAUUUUUGGCAAAACCUACAGCUUCCACAACCAGCACAACUUCUUCGAAUACAUUAAAGGGUCCUGUGCGGUCAGAUUCCAUGAAGAAAUCUUUAUUUGGAUCGUUAUUUGGUAAGAAACAGACACUUGCAGGAGCAUCGACCCCUACAAAGAACUUAUCAUCUAUAAACACAUCACAAGGGAAACCACCGCAUAGAGUCGUCUCAGAUAUUGUAUCACCUACUAUAAGGGACGGUUCACAGUCACCUACCUCAGCAUUACCAUUAUCUACCCCAUCGUCAUCCACAACAUCGUCAUCCACAAACUUACAACAACAUCCUCAUCAAAAUUUGGGAAUAUCACAAUUAGAACCGGUCUCAUUGAAGCGUGUGACUUUCAGUGUGAACAAAUUCACAGAUGAUCCCCCACAGCAACUUCCUUCGAGGAAUCCAAGAAUCGGAAAUGUUUUAAUUCCACAAGAUAUGAUUGGGGACAUACCUACAAUUUCUAUGGGUAUCUCUCCUAAUGCACAAGCAAAAAAGGAAGCCAGUGAAAGUAAUGUAUCUGAUGCAGGUGGAGGAGGUCGCACCAGUGGCGCACCGAGUCAAAUUGAUUUGACCAAGACCUAUAGCGUGGACUCUAUAGAAUACAAACGUGCUCUUGAUAUUCAACGGAAAGUGUUGAAAGAAGCAGAAAUGCAUCAAAAGGAGGCACAUUUUGCGGCAAAGAGAAUUGAGUAUGAGGUUUCUCUUUUCAAACCAGGUAACGAUUCGAAAAAUAAUAAAGCUCAAAGGAUUACAGAAGAAGAUAUGAGUGCUGACACAGUGACAUUUCAUGCCGACCAAUUAGAAGGUAUUGAUAAGCCAAUACAUGUUCAUGAACAUCAUUUUGGUGAGGAAACAGUUACAGAAGAGAAGGAAAUGACUUUGGAUAUCGUCUACACCAGAUGUUGUCAUUUGAGAGAAAUUUUACCUAUUCCAUCUACUUUGAAGCAAGUUAAACAUAAGACUGCACCAUUACAAGUGCUUAAAUUUCUAAAUGCUAAACCAACAUUAAUUGACAUUUUAUCUUUUUGUGAUUUUGUCUCAAUUACGCAUAUAAAUACCGUUGUAUUUGAUAAUGUCAAUCUUACCCAGGAAAUGUUUAAGAUAGUAAUACGUUCGUUAGCCAAUUGUCAUAAUUUGGAUAAAUUAACUAUGAAAAAUGUAUUGAUUGAUAAUGAAAAUUGGACAUUAUUUUGUAAAUUUUUGUUAAGCAAUAGAUCGAUCACUAAACUGGAUAUAUCUCAAACUAACACAAAAUUCAUCUCAAAAGAUAAAAACGCAGAAAUUCCAUCAGACAAUGAAUUCUUGAGACAUAACCUAGAUUGGAACUUAUUUGCUACAGUUUUAAAUGUCCGUAAGGGCCGUCCAAUUGAAGAAUUACUCUUAAAUGGUAUAAAGUUCAGUAAACAUGUUGAUUCUGGCACUUUCCAAAAUGUUUUGAACUCAUUUAGUCAACAGAAGAACUCCAUUAGGGAUCAACCAUCAUUCGCAUUAAGACUAGGUCUAGCUUCUUCGGAUUUGUCCCUAACUUUUGUAAGAUACUUGCUAAACUGGAUGUCCACUACCAAGAAUUCUGCAAUGAGUAAAGCAUUCUACGUUCAAGGUGUCGAUACCUCCUUUAAUGAUAUGUCACAAUAUGUCAAAACAGUUGUAAAUAGACUAUCGGCAUUGGAUUACACUAAUUUGGAAUAUUACACUUUGAAUAGUUCAAAUAUUUCAAACGCUUAUGAUGUUGCGUUAAUUAUCAAGUAUUUGUCUAGGUUACCAAAUUUGAAAUUUUUGGAUUUGAGUAACUGUCCACAAAUGUUUCCAGAUGUGUUACCAUAUUUGCAUAAAUAUUUACCAAGAUUUAAAUCUUUAAAGAGAAUCCAUGUGGAUGGUAACGAUGUUCUGUAUAAGGAAUUAUCAGUAUUGGUUAACAUUUUGACGAAAUGUACAACAUUAAGACAUAUUUCCAUUAUGCAAAAUACUCCCCAAACUGGACAUGAUAAGGUCAAUAACUUCGCUAGAAAUAAUUGUUGGGCUAUAUUGUAUGCAUUGGUAAGGCAAUCGCCAAAUUUGGUUAAUUUGGAUAUUAAUUAUGAUGCUGUCCCUGAGGAGAUACAAUCCAGAAUCGCAUUAAGUUUGGUGUCAAAUAUGAACAAAGCAAUGGGAUCUAUCGAAGAGACAGAUGAAUUGACCAUGCAGGAUGAUUUGUUAUUCGAUGGUUCAUUGUUAUCUGAUACCGCAGAGCAAGUCUUCGAGAAAUUAAAUAGAUUGAAAAAUGUCAUGCCGGGUGAAGGUAAACCUCAAUUUGAUUCUACAAAGAAAUAUUUAUUGAAAAAGUAUUUCGAAAAAAUGCAACAUGUUCAUAAUGAUGUGCAAAAGAAGAUUGACACUAUGUUUGAAAGAAGGCGUACUAACACAUUAAGUCUCAAGGAGAAAGAAAAUUUAGUAAGAUUAUUGUUGUUAGAGAAAAAUUUUUCAAAUAUUUUAGAACUAUGUAACCAAAUUCCUGAAUUUAACAUGCUGAUGGGAUCUAAGGAACAAGAUCUAAAGCCAACCAAUAGACAUUUCGAACCAUCGACUGAAACAGUUGAUGAGGAAGCAACUAAUACUCCUUCGGAGACCCCUGAAAUUGAAACAUUGUCUAGACCUCAUUUGAUGGCUACUGAUUCUGGUAGAACCGUUGAUGUAUUGACAGGUAAACCGGUUUUGUUUAGAGCUAAUUCAUCAACUUUGGUACAUGGUAAAGAACAAGAGCAAGAAGAAGGUGAAUUACAUAAAUGGGGGUUCUUCGUUCAACAACAAAACGAUAUUUAUCCGGAUAACAAUGAUACCGCAACUGGUACAAGUAGUGGAUUUUCAAGUGCAAUAUCUACAAGCUCUGCUGCUAGUACCGUCGUCUCUGAAACUCCAUCAGCAAAGACUACGUUGAUCACCAAGAUUCCAUCUGGUACAAAUCUAAGAGCUGCAAUUAUUCAAGCUAAAGGUAUUGACUCGAUCAAUGAUCUUAUCCGUAGUGUCAAUGAGAACGAAGUUCACUUGGAAUCCAUUUAUGGUGCCGAUUGUGCUAAAUCUAAAGUUGCGGAGACUUAUGACAAGUUGUUGAACGACAUGUCUGAAGGGAGAAACAUUAAAAAAUAG